GGUCUUAGAGAACAGAUUAAAGAGCAGCGGCCGGCAGCUUAGAACCAUCAACGAAGUUAGAGUUUAUAUAAAAUUUUUGCAGUGUUUCGUUCGAAUAAAAAAUAUAACUAAGAUGGCUAACACAAAGUUCAAGUACUUCAUCCUCACGGGAGAUCCUGGCGUAGGAAAGACUACAUUGACGAAGAAAAUAGCGUCUUGCUUGCGGGAAACAGGAAUUUCUACAUCUGGUUUUUACACUGAAGAAGUUAGGAGGAACAGAGUUAGAGAAGGGUUUGACGUGGUCACUUUAGAUGGAGACAGAGGGAGAUUAGCACGAGAAGAAUCCCUUUUGAAUAGCCCUGUGAAGCACAGAGUUGGAAAGUAUGGAGUCACAAUACAAGAAUUUGAGAAUUUAGCCUUGCCAUCAUUAGAAAAGGUUAACACAUGCAGUCCACAUUUGUUGGUGAUUGAUGAAAUCGGUAAAAUGGAGUUCUACAGUCAAUUAUUCAAAACUAAAAUUAAAGAUAUUUUCAGUGACACAUCAAACAGUGUUGUUUUAGCCAGUAUACCAAUGAGAAAGAGUGAUGCUGUUAUUGAAGCCAUAAGGAACCACAAGAAUGCCAAAGUUUUUGUGGUAACAAGAGAAAAUAGGAAUACAAUUGACAAGGCAAUCAUGGAGGAAAUGAAGAGGACACUGAAUGUUAUAUGAAAUAAUCAAGUAUUUUUAGAUAAGUACUCAUUCUUCUAUGAUUGUCAUUACUACUGCAGUGAUAAUAUAAACUACUAUUAUAUUUUCACAUGUUUAUUGAUAGGUUGUUCAAUAAAAUUAUUGAUUUUUUA